AUGCCCAUGCGCAAAAAGUACAGGCGAGUGCGCAUCGACAGCAAGGACAAGAGCUUAAACAAGGCGUUUGCUAUGCUCAUGGAAAUUCUGAAACGGCCUAGCCUAGGACGGUACUUGCGUCAUAUCGAAUGCUCUAAGGGUCCCCCAUGCUAUGACGACUACACAGAGCGGACGAAUUCGCUACGAGACCUAAGCGACAAGGAAAAACAGCUGCUUCGCGCCACAAUCUGCAAAGCAGGAUUCACAGGCUCAGAGACCGGUCGCAUUCUCAACAUGGUUAUGCAAACAGAAGCCGGCGAGGAAAAGCCAUUUCCCCCCUACUUCUCAACUGGGAGCCGAGGGGCCUACAUUUCACAGGCCUUAACUGCGCUGCUUAUCUCUGUUUCGCCAGAUUUAGAGUCACUAGCAACACCGCCGCCGUUCUUCAAUUAUACAGGCUUUUACUGGCCCGAACAAAGCCACGAUUUCGAAUCAGCCAAGUUCCCUCUGGAGAGGAUGCUUCGCCAUGUUAAUUCGACGCCGAACGAUAUGUCAUUCCUGCAGAAUGUGCGAAGCGUCUAUGUAAUUAACAGCGGUGACGAUACCCUUGACGAUGGCCGCCAUUACAGGAAUAUGGACUUUAUGGGAACUAUGCACCUGGUCCAUCGCUUGCCAUCUAUAGAAUCGGUUAGCACGGACCUUUUAGAAGAAGACGAGAACGGGGCGCCCAGGCUGGAGCCCGGAUCAUCUAACAUUAGUCGAAUCUCCAUUCAUCAUUCGUCGCUGGAUACGUUUUACCUCACUAACGUCGUAUGCUCGUGCAAAGUCCUAAGGGAGUUUCAGUACUCUAUUGGAGGAAGGGCAGUCUUAGGUGGAGGUCAUCCGAUAUUCAAUCCAAAAGUAUUGUUCUUCACAAUCUUCCCGCACAGAGAAACCCUGGAGAUAUUAGAUGUGGACGCGGAGGAUCAUGUUGGUGAAUUCAGUCCUGAAAUUGUGGAUGCUGAGACAUUGGAUGAACUUUUUGAGGCAAACGAUGGUCCAGGAGAACGUGUAUGGACAGGGACGCUGCCGGAAAUAUUAUGGGAGCAGAGCGGAUCACUGCGGGAGUUCCGCACAUUGAAACGAUUGAGUCUCGGUGUAAACUUCCUGAUGUAUUAUGCUCAGGGUGUCAACUUGGCAAGGAGAGAGAGCUUUAGGCUGGUCGAUUGCUUGCCACCGAAUUUGGAGUAUCUGCUCAUUCGGGGAUAUCAGAGAGGUGAAUGCAGUAUGCAUGAUGCUCAGAUUGAUUCACUGGUAGCGUCGAGAGAUAGUGGCCUAUCCAGCUUGACAGAGAUCCAUGGAAUCACGGAGUGCAUACCGCAUGCUGAGGAUGUAGGCGACCCCGAUGAUGAUGAGGCGUCAUUGUGGGAACGGGAAGACGAAUAG